AUGGCGUCUCCAAUGGUCAAGCAAGCCAUUGUCGAUGCUGCUGCAGCGUACACCAAGCCUGAGGGCAAGGUGUUUGAGUAUGGCACAGCCGGGUUCCGCCUGAAAGCGGAUAUGCUCAAUACUGUUGUUUUCGCAGUCGGGCUUUUGGCUGGGCUUCGCUCGAGAAAGCUAAAUGGCCAGUAUAUUGGCGUUAUGAUCACCGCCAGUCAUAACCCGGCGGAAGACAAUGGCAUUAAGCUUGUGGACCCAAUGAUCUGUUGGCUUAUUCACCAUAAAACCAUAACUUUUCAGGCUGAUUGGGAAAAAUACGCUACCCGAUUGGCAAAUGCACCCCUUGAGGCUUUGGGAGAUGUAUACAACAGCCUUAUCGACGAGAUUGAAGUCAAAAUGGAGAACCCUGCUCGCGUAGUUUUCGCCCGGGAUACUCGUGCUUCAGGCUCCCGUCUUGUGGGCGUGAUUUCUACUGCGCUCAGAGCAUCCGAAGUCGAGUUUGAAGAUUUCAAAUACCUGACCACCCCCCAGCUUCAUUACAUUGUACGCUGCAAGAAUACUCUGGGAACGCCGUAUGAAUAUGGCGAACCUACUGAGAAAGGGUAUUACCAGAAACUCAGUGAGGCAUUCAAAAAAGUGAUGAAAGGACGAACCACUAGCGGGCCAGUGACCGUUGACUGCGCUAAUGGCGUCGGAGGCCCUAAACUUAGAGAGCUGAUGAAGUAUCUGCCCAGUGCUCAGGAAGGUGGUGUGGAUAUCAACAUUGUUAACGACAAUGUGAUCAAUCCUGAUAGCCUGAAUUAUGAGUGCGGUGCAGAUUUUGUCAAAACGAAACAACGUGCCCCACCAUCGUCUAAGGCCUCGACUCAUGACCGCUGCGCUUCAUUGGAUGGUGAUGCAGAUCGAUUAGUUUACUAUUAUCUUGACACAGGCAAUAUUUUCAAACUUCUUGACGGUGACCGAAUCGCAACGCUCGCGGCCUCGUUCAUUGGAGAGUUAACAAGGAAUGCUGGAAUAGGACACAAACUCAAGAUUGGCGUUGUUCAAACGGCAUAUGCGAACGGCUCAAGUACUGAGUACAUCGAGAAAGUCCUUAAACUCCCAGUUAUUUGCACUCCCACUGGCGUAAAGCAUCUCCACCAUGCCGCGUUAAGAUUUGAUGUGGGAGUUUAUUUUGAAGCCAACGGACACGGAACCGUAACUUUCUCAGAGCACGCGCUCAAGACCAUCAAAUCCACUGAGCCCCAAUCCCCAGCGCAGCAGUAUGCCUUGGAAAGUCUUAUUGCCCUAACCGAAUUGAUAAAUCAAGCCGUGGGUGACGCACUGUCGGACUUGCUGCUUGUCGAGGUGAUCCUAGCACAUAAAAGCUGGGGCCUCAAGGAAUGGAUAUCAACCUACACUGAUCUCCCAUCACGCCUCGUUCGCAUUGAGGUAGCUGAUAGAUCAAUAUUCAAGACCGUUGAUGCGGAACGGAAGCUUGAAUCGCCAGCUGGUUUGCAAGGACGUAUCGAUGCUCUUCAAUCAAGAUAUAAUAGGGGCCGGAGUUUUGCCCGUGCCAGCGGGACGGAGGAUGCGGUUCGAGUGUAUGCUGAGGCUGCGACUCGAUCUGAGGCUGAUGAUCUGGCUACCCGAGUCGCCAGCUCGGUGCAAGACGCUGGCAAGAUAGCCAAGACUCUGCAAUAGAAAAAGAAAGGAAUUGAUAACGUAAAUGACAAAAAGCAAACUCGGCGUCGAACAUACACAUAGACAAUUGACAAUGCAUCCCUUUAUUCCAUACUUCGAAUGUGUGUCAAUGUCAAUUCAGUCGACAUGCGAAACCGAGGAAACCGAGACAACAGAGUCUGGAAAAUCCAACAACCUUCCAGGAUCCCUCAGGGUCCGGAUUAAGUAUUUGUGACGAACGACAGUUCCUUCGUUUCCUUCAUUUCAAUAUCACAAAACCAGACCCUAAUUCACAGCUACUCCUUAUACAUUGUUUUAAUUUGUUUUAUUCAACGCUGUAGAGCCAUAUAUUAUUGUGUCUCCCAUCUGUGUUUUAUGUUUUCUUUAGUUACCUUUUUUCUUUUCUUUUUUUUCCCAUACUCCUUUCGAGCCAUUUACUUUAAGAGGCGAUCAGAGAUUUGAAAAGCGUCCUGAGAAUGAUUGAAUGAACUGAAAGAUUAAAUAAAUCGGAUGGAAUUUCAGACAUUAGUCUUUCAGUCCCUCUACCCUUUGCAUACCCGUGGCAAGUCGAGGAUACUUAGUCACAAUCGAAAAAUGAAGUAUUACUAUACCAAAGAC